AUGUCCCCUCCACUAAAUGCGGCGAAGUCAUGGGCAAACCAGUGCGAUGAGCCACACAACAACCAUCAUUCAGCGUUAAGAGCAGCGGCAGUCGGCAGUGGUGUUGCCGGUACUUGCAUUGUGAUAUUUCGCGUGGUAUCGCGAUUAUACACUGAUCAACGCCUUUGGUGGGAUGAUUGGAGUCAUAUUGUGGCAGGGGUAUAA